AUGGCUCGGUCCGGAGACAUGGAGCGGUGGGGGAAAGCAAUGGAGGAUGUAGACCAGCUCAAACGCAGUGAAGAACUACAGGUGGAUACACUCUUUGAGCUUUGGUAUUACAUUGAAAAGAAGACAGAGGAACUAGGCAAGCAAAUAACCGAACUCCAGCGAGAUAACGAGAAGCUCCGCGAUGAAGUGUGCGAUAUCCGCAUCUUUCCAUUAGAACUCCAACCUACAGGUGAAGGCUCUAAGAGAUACGUGCAAAAGUCUGGAUAA